AUGUACAACCAACAGAACUUCCAAGGUUUUGGCCACAACGCGGGACUGAUGCAGGAUCCCAAUUACCAGUAUAACAUGGGCGGCUACGCUGGGCUCGGGCAACCAAACAACAACCAGAGCUUUUACUCUUUCCCCACAGUCAAGUCAGAUUAUGUAGACCUCGGUUUCCAGGGUGUGGGCGACUAUUCGGCACAGGCGUUGCCCUGGAACCAACUGGCACAGAUGGAUUCGAUCAUCCAGAUGAUUAUCGGUGACGACCAACAGGGAAGAGAGCUGAUGUCCAUCGCAGGAGAAGUGAAGAGGAACCCGAAGAAUGAAAUUGAUCCGGAGCCUGUGAUAAAAGAAUUAAACCAAACCGCUACACUCAACACGCAGCCACCCAAUUCCAUGGGCGCACCCUACUAUGCCCCGGCUUGGAACGGAGGCACCUACUGGCCAAGCCCGACCACCAACAUGGUCAACAAGCCCCAAGCCAGCGUGAAACCCAUUCCGGCCCAGCAGUAUGUCGAGAACCAGAACUCCGCGGAAAAAAGUGGAAUCUCCAGCGUGGCUAAAAGCAAACGUAGUGGUUCAACAAGCCCAGUCCACAUUGUGCAGAAGAAGGUCACGCCCCGGAGGAUUCCCUACAAGGGCAUUUUGGAAUACUUCAGCGACCUUGAGGAGGAAGUAACAACAACUGCUGAGAUGGAACAAUUUGCACGAGAUUUGAAACACAAGCGGAUCACUCUGGGCUUCACACAAGCAGACGUGGGUUAUGCCCUAGGACUUUUUUUUGGUAAAACAUUUAGUCAGACGACCGUCUGCCGAUUUGAGUCUCUACAGCUAAGCUUUAAAAACAUGUGCAAGCUGAAACCGCUACUACGCAGGUGGCAACAUGAAGUGGAGACAAACGACAAGAUACAUGAGCUACUCAGUCGGGGACAAAUUUCACCUCAAACUCAGAAGCGAAAGCAUCGAACCAGCAUUGAGAACAAUGUCAAACGCAUUUUGGAGAAUUAUUUCGUGCACUGCUCAAAGCCUGGUGCACAAGAGAUAGCCCAUAUUGCCAGGGAGCUGAAGAUGGAUAAGGAUGUAAUCCGAGUCUGGUUUUGUAACCGCCGGCAGAAAGGAAAACGGCAGGUGCACCCCUACCUAAGGGAAAAUGGCAGAGCAGCUUACAAUGUUGUCCAAUCCCUCUCACCUUCAAACGCGGGGCCUUUUGCCAUGCCGCAGGUGAUGGCAACUCAAGGUUUUGCCCCAACAUCCCUGGGCUCCAAUCCUGCACUUUACGCACCCACUUUUCUUAAAUCCGAGGUCUACCCCCAGGGCAUGCCUCAUGGAAUGGCCAUAGCGAAUCAUGCCACUUAA